UCUGUUAACUGCUAUUGUGGGUGUGAUCCACGAGGGUUGGCGCAAGUAGAGUGCUGCUUUGGGGCUCCUGUCACGAGGGUUGGACAAGCGUCACGCAGAGGUCCAUGUUCCAGACGGGCACGGCGAGGCCUGGGCCACGAUGGACUUCCCCAGCUCCCUCCGUCCCAUGCUGUUUAUGACGGGCCCCCUUGGGCUGAGCGAUGUCCCUGACACAUCCUUCAUGUGCAGCUGGAGAGAUGCCCUGACCCUUCCAGAGUCCCUGCCCCAGACCUCCAAGAAUGGGACGCCACACUCAGUCAAGGGCCUGCUCUGGGAGCCAGACACUCCCGGGCCCCUUCCCUUGCUGCCUCCUGGUCCUGAUCCCUGGGACCCUGGCCUGACUGCCCAGGACCUGCUUUUCCGGGGAGGUCCCAAGUUCCGGAGACAGCCCAAAGCUGUGCUGGAUGUUACUGAGCAGUUCAGCCGGUUCCUAUGGGACCAUGGGGACAUAGCCUUUGCACCCCUGGGGAAAUUGAUGCUGGAGAAUUUCAAACUGGAGGGAGCACGGAGCUACUACUCUAAGAAGAAGACAGUGGUCAGUGUGAAGAGGAUACUCCAGGACCUCGGUGGACAUCAGCCCUGGGGGUGUCCCUGGGCUUACUUCAGCCAUCGACAGCGCCGGUUCUCCAUCCUCGGGGACCCGAUCCUGGGCAGGUCAGUGUCAAACCUCCUGGGAGAGCUGCUGCAUGAGGAGCUGAUGAUGCGGUGGGAGCAGCUGCUCCUAGAUGAUGCUUUCACCGGAGGCGCGCUGGCCUGGCUGCCUGGAAGGACGCCCCGGGUCAGGCAGCUGGUCUACCCUGCAGGAGGUGCCCUGGACAGGCUGUAUUUCCAAGAGGUUCGUCUGACCCCAAGCGGUGACCCUCGGAUCCUUGGGAAACCCGGCCACAUCCAGCUCCGGGGACCUGUCCGGCAGGUGGUGACCUGCACGGUGCAGGGAGAAUGUAAGGCCCUUGGAUACCUCCUUCCCCUGCUUACUGACCUGCUGCCUGCCCUGACCCUGACCCUGACCCUCUCCAUCCCCUCCUCAGCUCUGCUGGCUGUCCGCUCUGACUACCACUGUGCCAUAUGGAAGGUCAGCAAGCAGGGGCAACCCUCCCCUCUCCAGGUGCUGCAGGUCGAGAAGGGGGCCACAGGGGUCAACCUCAGCCCUCACCUGCCUGGAGAGCUGGUUGUCUGCAGCCGUUCAGGAGCCGUCUGUCUGUGGACACCCCAAGAUGGGCUUCAGCAAAUCUACAAGGAUCCUGAGACCCUAGUGUUUCGAGACCCCUCUCCCUGGCGUUGGGCCGACUUCACCGCCCACCCUCGGGUGCUGACUGUGGGCGACCGCACUGGAGUGAAAAUUAUUGACACUCAGGGCCCACCAGGCUGCGGUUUGCUGCUUUUCCGUGGGGGUGCAGAAGCGUCGUGCCAGAAGGGGGAACGUGUCCUGCUAACCCAGUACCUGGGGGGGUGUGGCCCUGAAUCUCUGCAGCCCACACUCCAUCUCAUCUGUACCCAGUUCUCGCUCUACCUGGUGGAUGAACGCCUCCCCUUGGUGCCCAUGCUGAAGUGGGACCAUGGCCUCCCCUCUGCACCCCUCCUGGCCCAGCUGCUGCCUCCACCCCGCCCUGGCUGCCCGAGGCCACUGCUUCUUGGAGGCCAUGGUGGGCAGGUGCAGCUGCUGCACAUCACAGGGGAGGGGGCCUCCAUGCCCCGGCUGGCAGGGCCGCCCCAGUCUCUCCCUUCCCGGAGCGAGUCCCUCUCCGCAUUCCCCCUGCUGGAGCCCAAGAAUCAGCAACGGUUGCAGGAACGUCUACAAGCACCAACUAUAGGUCUGGUCGCCACCCUUGCACCCUCUGCCUCCACACCAGUCCUGUCACUCCUCCAACUCUCAGCAGCUGGAGAUGUCUUCCACCAGCGCCUCCAUCUUCAGAAAGACUCCUGGUGCCCCGGAGACCCGGGGCCCGACUUCCAUGCCCCCACAGCCUCCUGGAGCCCCCAAGCUACCUCUUGCUGCCGCAGGUGGCUGAAGGCGCUCCUGGAGGUGCCUCCAGCUCCCCCUGUGUGGGCCGCACCCACCUUUUCCCACCGCCAUCUGCUGGGCCUCAAGGAGCAGCAGAAGGUUGAGGGGAAAGUGCCAGAGGGUCUCCGGAUGGCCAUGGCCGAAGGGCGGCUGCUGCAGCAGAGGGACCUGGGCUCACUCCCCACAGCAGAGCCACCCCCGGCCCCCGAGCCAGGCCCCAAGGACGAGCUCAGUGAGCGGUUGGAGGCAGCCUGGGAAGGCCCGGUGGCUGCCUGGUGGGAGCGGCAGCAGGGUAGGGGCUCUGGGCCCAGGAAACAGCCCAAGAGACACAAGCGUCGGAUGCAGCUGUCCAGUACCUUCUCCUCACUCAGUGGCCGCCCGGACCUCUCAGAUGCCACCAGCCCCCCUCACAGCCCCGACCGGAUGUCCCCUGUGUCCAGGCCUCAGCUCCCAGUGACUUUGCCCUCCCAGGAGUUGAUGCAGGAUCUGCGGGCCCGGGGCAUCCCCUCAGAGCGGCAGCAGACUCUCCGAGACUAUAUGGCCGAGCUGCCUCUUCAGGCGGACACUCCAGAAGGCGUCCCCGUGCCCGCCUCCCAGACUGCCAGCAUCCAGGUCACCCCCUCCAGGCAGCAGACAGUCCGGGACUGCACAGCCCAGCUGCCACGCCAAAGGGACACCCUGAGAGGUGCCACUGUGCCCCCUUCCCAGACCUCCAGCAUCCGGACCACCCCUUGCAGACUACAGGCCCCUGGGGACUGUGCAGCCAAACUAUCACUCCAGAGAGACACUCAAGGGGGUGCUGCCAUGCCCUCUUCCCAGACCUCCAGCCUCCGUACCACCCGCUCCGGGCAGCAGGCCCCUGUCCUCUCUGGCUCUCAGCCACGCCGGAAGAAGCCCCGCAUGGGCUUCUGAGGGCCUGAGAAAGCUGCUCCCCCACCCUCCUCAGAGCCCUUGGCCCUGGACCAGCUGUGCUUCUGUGACUGAAACUUUGGGAACAGGGUGCAGGCUUCUCUUCUUGAAGGCCACUGUGGCUGGAGACAUGCACAGAUCAUGUAGAGCCAAGUCGGAGGGAUGGGAAUUUCCUGUAGUUUGUUUUGCCUGAAGAUACUAACAAAGGCAGGUUGAUGACAAGACCUGGUGGUCCCGACCUGAAGGUCUAUCAUCAGGGUCCCUCCAGGAGCAGCGCUGGGCUCGAAGCCAGGGCUCCAGUCAGGCUGCGAGCUGGAACUCACGCAGGCUGUGUCCUCAGUGACAGGGCAAGACAGUGAAAGAGGACACUGAGCAGCUGCCGGGUUGGUGGGUGUCAGGAGCUGCCAUGGGCUAGUUUGUGUGUAUUGAGCAAUUUCUACCAUGAGGGAGAUGUUCUGGACCUGCCUUUAGGGACUGAAUAAACGUCACUUGAACAUGGUUUUGAGGGAUACAGUUUCUAGGACUGGGAGGUGUCCACUUAUGUAGUUUUCGGUGUCUGAUGC